AUGCGGCUUUCAGCUGGAGACACGAAUGCUAAGAAGGCAUGUGCUCUAGAAGUCUGCGAUGCGUAUGAGAACCAAGGCUUUCUUCAGAUUGUUGGGCAUAGCGUGUCAAAGGAUCUCCAAGCACGCUUUCUUGAAGCCAUCGCGAGUUUCUUUGCUCUUCCACUAGAAGAGAAGCAGAAGAUCUCCCAAGAACUCUCGCCCUGCUAUCGCGGCUACGAACGCGUCGGUGGACAGAAGCUUGAUGAACUCGACAACGAUGCCUCGGUAGAUCAAAAGGAAGGUUUCUCCAUCCGACCCGAACGUCCUCUGGGCCGCUUUUUGGCAGGCCCGAAUCAAUGGCCAGGCCCAAAUUUACCCGGCAUGAACUCGUUCAAAUCGACUUACAUGGAGUACUUCGAUGCCGUGCAUGCUCUCAGUAAGGACAUGUUCCGACUCAUCGCGCUCAGUCUCAACCUUGACGAGGGUUACUUCGACGAAUUCGCUGCGGAUCCGGACGGCAUCUGUCUCUGCCGCUCGCAUCACUAUCCUCCUACACCGCCUGAUUCCACAGACCGCACCCGCGGUAUCGGCGCGCAUACGGACUUCGGGGCCUUGACGCUGCUUCUACAGGACAAUGUGGGCGGGCUUGAGGUACUACACAAGCCAACGGGCACUUGGCAUUCGGUACCCCCUCUCGAAGGUUCCUAUGUGUGCAAUAUUGGCGACCUGAUGCAGCGGUGGACGAAUGAUCGAUAUCGCAGCACUAUGCACCGUGUCAUAUCGCCGCUGUCGAGCAAGGACAGGUACUCGUGCGCGUUCUUCAAUGAAGGUAUGCGGGAUAAGGUUGUCGAGGCCUUGCCGGGCUGUGUGCCAUACGGCGAGAAGCCGAAGCAUGGUCCGAUUAGAGUUGAGGAUCAUCAGAUCAAGUGA